AUGGCCUCCUCUGGAACACCUUCAAACGUAGAAAAACCCUUCCAUACCGACUUCUGUUCAUCAACGGCUGAUUUUGUUGUCCGUUCGUGUGAUGGCGUUCGGUUUAAAUGUCACCGUUUAUUCCUGCAAGAGUCCUCACCUGUGUUCAGGACAAUGCUCACGCUCCCCCAGCCUGGCACAAGCACACCUCCGGACGCAACGUCCCGACCACCAUCCAUAGACCUGCCAGAAGACACUAAAACACUCGAAGUCCUCCUCAGAAUCAUCUACCCAAUCCAACAACCAACCAUUGACUCCAUCUCUCUCCUCGUAAAAUCCUUCCUGGCAGCAGAGAAAUACGACAUGCAAGGUGUCAUCUCCACCCUCCGCCUUCAUCUUCGCGACGACAAGUUCCUAAUAAACCACCCCGUACACGUCUUUGCGCUCGCUUGUCAUUUCCAAUUCAUUGCUGAAGCGAAGGCGGCUUCGAGAGCGACACUUGCUGCGAACAUACAUAUUCAUGACCCGGCGAAUAUUGAGGUGUUUGAGCAGACUGGGUUUAAGAUUACGGACCUUAUGUCGUUACAAUCGUUGCGACAUAAACGUAUUGAUGGGAUGCGGGAGUUCCUUGACGGAGAUGGGUUUGAGGGCAACGCACCCGACUUCAGUUGUGUCUCCUGUGCAAAGCCUCUACAAGAUCCAACCUGGUCAUUACUCAAAGCAAGCAUCCUAAAAGAACUCUACUGGAGACCGCUAGGAGACACUAUAUUCGGACCAGACUUCCUAAAGUCGAACGCCGUCCAGUUCUUCAUCAACUCCAAAUGCGAAGAAUGUCAUGAGAGGCUCAUAUACGAGAAGGGUAAAACUCUUGCCAUGAUCUCGGAAUAUCUAAAAUCUUUACCUGAAUCUAUCGAUAUUAGCAAAUAGGGUUUUGCAUUUUUUUGGCAUACCUCGUCUCAUCUUCGCUAUUUUGUAUCAUAGGAAACUGUACAAUGUCCAUAUCACGCACUUACUCAACUAUGAACC